AUGGGCAAGACCCCUUAUAGGUUGGUCUAUGGAAAGGCUUGUCACAUGCCAGUUGAGUUAGAAUACAAGGCUUGGUGGGCCAUCAAAGAGCUCAAUAUGGAUUUAUCGUUGGCCGGUGAGAAGAGAUUGCUCAAGCUCAAUGAACUUGAAGAGCUUAGAGAUGAUGCUUAUGAGAGCUCAAGGUUAUAUAAGGAGAAGACCAAAAAGUGGCAUGACCAACAUAUUCGAAACAAGAACUUUAAGGUUGGAGACAAGGUUUUACUUUUCAACUCAAGGCUUCGUUUGUUUCCUAGUAAACUCAAAUCAAAGUGGUCGGGUCCUUUUGUGAUAUCAAAGACUACUCCUUAUGGCUCCUUUGAGUUAGAUGCGGAUGGUAACAAGUUUAUGGUUAAUGGUCAUCGUUUAAAGCAUUACUUUUGCAAGGAAGAAGUUGGUAUCAUCGAAUGUAUAAUGCUUGACCCUUUGGAUCCCAAGCCUCUGACUUGA